AUGAUGUCGACUCGCACGGCCGUCCGAUUCGCCUCCAAGCGUAUCUCUACUCCCGCUUCGGCCCGAUCAGGUUGGUCCUGUCGUUGUUGCAGCUCGUCUGGAGCCGUCGAUCGGCCGCACUAACUUCGCACGAUCUCGGGCGGCCAUCUCUCUCUGCCCCCGUCGUCGCCGCGCUUGCUUCGUAUUGCAGUCUCGAUCGCUGCCCGACCUGUCUUGGCUUCGUCCGCUGUGGCUGCGUUGAGGUCAUCAGCAUGCCGCUCUGCGACCCUCCUCCCCCUCGUUCGAUCCGCACGUGAGUCACGCCGGAGUCGCGCUCCGUGAUCGACGGUAGAUCGAGUGCGCUGAUCCGCCGUCGAUUGACCAUGUGUACAGCCGCUUCCAAGGCUUUCUAUGCCACCGAAUCCAACAAAUUCACCCGGUCGCUUCCCCACAUGAACAUUGGUACCAUCGGCCAUGUGCGUUCACGGCUUUCACUUGCCACCCUUUUCUGAGCUUGGACCUCUGCGUCUUUUCCUGGGACUUUCUUACCGAGGCGAGAUGUGGGGGGGAACGUAUACAUGGGUAGGAAUAUGCGGCUGAUCCCAAGAUCUCCCUCGGAAAUGCGACAGGUUGAUCACGGCAAGACGACCUUGACGGCGGCCAUCACCAAGGUCCUGGCCGAGGCGAGUGGCAAGGGGAAAGUGCUCGGCUACGACAUGAUUGACAAGGCUCCCGAGGAAAAGGCCCGUGGUAUCACCAUCGCCACCGCGCACGUCGAGUACGAGACCAAGUGAGUCCUGGUCCGAGGUCUCGUCGUGCUGAAGAUACUAUGCAUUGGCAAGCAGCCAGAAAGAUGCGCGAGUGCUAAUCCAUCCCCCGCCUUGCUAAGGAACCGCCACUACGCCCACGUCGACUGCCCCGGUCACGCCGAUUACAUCAAGAACAUGAUUACCGGAGCGGCCCAGAUGGACGGUGGUAUCAUCGUCGUCUCGGCCUCGGACGGUCAGAUGCCCCAGACCCGAGAGCACUUGUUGCUCGCGCGCCAGGUCGGCAUCAAGAAGCUCGUCGUCUACAUCAACAAGGUCGACCAGGUCGAUGACCCGGAGAUGCUCGAGCUCGUCGAGAUGGAGAUGCGCGACUUGCUCGGCACCUACGGCUUCGAUGGCGAGGGCACGCCCAUCGUCAAGGGGUCCGCCUUGGCCGCUUUGGAGGGUCGCGAUGACAAGAUCGGCAAAGACUCCAUCAUGGAGUUGAUGGCCAGCGUCGAUUCGUGGCUCGACCAACCCCCGCGUGACUUGGAGAAGCCCUUCUUGAUGCCCGUCGAGGACGUCUUCUCGAUCCAGGGUCGUGGUACGGUCGUCACCGGUCGUGUCGAGCGUGGCACCAUCACCAAGGGUGCCGAAAUCGAGAUCGUUGGCAUGGGUGAGCUGUUCAAGACGACCCUGACCGGUAUCGAGAUGUUCCACAAGGAACUCGACCGAGGAGAAGCCGGUGACAACAUGGGUGCCUUGCUCCGAGGUAUCAAGCGAGAACAGGUCAAGCGAGGGAUGGUCCUCGCCGUGCCCGGCUCGGUCAAGCCCGUGCGCAAGUUCUCGGCGUCGCUGUACGUCCUCACCAAGGAGGAAGGCGGUCGCUACACCCCCUUCAUGAACAACUACCGACCGCAGCUCUUCAUCCGAACGAGUGACGUCACCGUCGGGUUGACGUUCCCCCCCGGUACGGAGAACGUCGAUGAGAAGAUGGUCAUGCCCGGUGAUAACGUCGAGGUCGUCGGUGAGCUCGUGCACGAGAUUGCGCUCGAGGUUGGAUCGAGGUUCACGCUCCGAGAAGGCGGGAAAACGGGUAAGUGGUGGCGCUUUGAUUUCGUAUGAUGCAAUCGAUGUAAGAUGGACUGACCUAUCACUUUGAUCACUGCAGUUGGUACCGGUAUUGUCACUGCUCUCCUUGAUACACCCGCGGCCAAGAAGUAA